AUGAGGUGCAUGAACCAAAGCACGUUUCUCCAAAACUAUGUCUAUGCCCUUGAGCAUGACUUCUGCUCUCCCACUGGGGAGCCUGCCACCUGGGCGAUUGGAUAUCCCAAGUACUGGGGUCAGGAAGCAGCGAAGAUCCAACUAGAGGGGCAGGCAAAUGCGCUUGCUCUUAGCCCUGAUAGCAAGAUUAUUGCCGUGGGGAUUGACACCGAGAUCCAUAUCUUUGAUGCGGAUACGCGGAAACGUAUUGAGGUGUUGAGAGGACACACGGGCACCGUGGAGAAGGUGAAGUUCGCUCCAGAAAUUAUCAAUACCGUGGAUUCAGAAGACACCCGGUACAUCCUGGUGUCGACAGGCGAGGAACUUGAAGAGAGUGAUGGAGAUAGUGACCGCCAUGAGGGAUGUGAUUUCGGGAUCAUCAUCCUAUGGGAGCUGGACGAGCGCGGGAGACUCCGACAAAAGAAAGAGAAGCCAGUUGACAUUGACACCCUCACAAGCAGAACUCUCCAACCCCUUAUGUCAGACCUAGUGUCCAACCACGGCUGGAAAAGUGAUGAAAAAGCCAUGGGGGCCCUAGACCAAGCCAUGAAAAAAGCCCUCCGAAAAGCCCUCCAUCUACACGAACAAGAAAGCAAACACUAUCUUCGAGGCGAACUAGCCUCCUUCGGUAGUCCCACAUUCAGUUCAGACGGCAAGACAUUGAUCUAUCUCAGCCAAAACGAAACAACCCAGCACGGACCUCGUGACCCUGCUCUCCUCCCAUGCCUCAACCUCUGGGACAUGCAGACCCGGUCCCUCCGACACCGACUGCUCGGCCACACAGACGCCAUAAUGUGGGCUGGGAUGAGUCCAGACAAUUCUCUAGUCGCGUCCAUCGCAUGGGAUGGCAGGGCACGAGUCUGGGACGCCAACUCCGGAGCCUGCAUCCAUGUACUGGUUUCUGUGGACGGCCAGCUCUGGAGCGGUGCCUUCUCUCCCGAUAGCAAGUACCUCGCUGUGAGCCAGGGAAGCCCCAGGACAUAUAUCCAUGUCUACGACCUUCGAACAGGACAGUCCGUCUCUCGCUUCGACGGAUUUCGCCGUUGGGCACGCACCUUGGCUUGGAGCCCUGACGGGACCGUGCUUGCAGGCGGAGGAGACGGCGGCACAGUGCGUCUUUGGGAUCCGUUGAACGGUGAAGAGCGGAUGCGAUGGCGUCUGGCUUUUGAGGAUUCCCUGAUGCGGAGCUUUGCCGGGAUUCAAAGCGUACAGUUCGUGGAUAAGGGGAAGAAGCUGGUGUUUCGGACCCAGGAAGGUACGGUGGAGACGUAUGAUAUCGAAAGCAAUCUCAAGCAGCAGUUUACAAGACGUGCGGAGGACAGGAUUGAUAGGAGCCCUAUGGCGAAAAUGGCUGUGUCAAGUGAUGCUCGGCUGCUGGUCGUUCCGGACGCAGAUGGGGGUUUGAGACUAUGGGGUCUUUAG